AUGGAUAUCACCGGUGCUCAAGCCAACGAUGAGAGGCCCGGCCUGAACUACAAGGGGGAGCGGAGUCCUGAUGCUGCCCCACGGGCUUUUUCUGAGAACCGAGAUGAUAAUAUUAAUGGGAGUAAUGAUAACAAGGAACAGUGUUUUACUGGAGAAGGAGGCGGGAGACGACGCAGACGCUCAUUACACAAGGGAUUUUCUGAAAAAACUGUUAUGUCUUCAGUACCGUUUCCAGAAGCAAGCGAACUUCAAGACACCCUUGCAGGUAGUACUCUGGAUAAAAAUAACCAUCAUUCUAAUCACUAG